UGUAUACGCCGAAUGUGAUGGUUGAGAAAAUGUUUUACAUUACAAUGCCCUUUGAGGUUUUAAUCCGGUUUUCAUUGCUUUUGAAAGAAAGUGAAACUGAAUGUGUGGAGGGGGAUAUGUGACAAUCCGAAGAUAAUUAGGAUCUUCGGGCUAGGAUAUUUAUUCGACAUCUGAACGAUUUUUACGAUUUAAACGAGGUUUAGAAAAAAGUGUUAAAUUUAUAAACAAUAAUUACAAACAAUUUAUGAAGAUAGGGAAAUAACUCAUUCUCAUUCCUUUUCAUAAUCCUUCUUCCAUUACAUCAGUGAAAAGUUAGUUAAGAAUGACUACUGGAAUUCGUAGUUUAAAAGUUUCAUGCACUAAUCACAAAUGAAAGUUCGAACAAAAAACCGGCGACGCAGGAAUUUAAAACCCGCUUGAAGCCAAAAGAAGAUGAUAAACCACCCACUCACAUCCACACAUCCAUCAGAACGUGGUGAUUUGGUCACACAUGGAAAGCUAUCGAAGAGAAAAAGACGAUUCGGGAAAAAUGCAAAGUGGUUUACCUUGCUGAUGCAUCUAAUUUCCCGAAUCAUCAACGAGAAGUCCGAGAACGCGGUGAAUUUGUUCGAAGAAUAUUGUCGACUUGUGAAGCAAGAUAUCUACCUUCACCCGGAUUACAAAUUAAGGAUCGUAACAGGGGCCGAGCAGAUCAGACACAUUGAUUUCGCCAGAAGCUUCCUUAAUAAUAUAAAAACUAUGGAUGACUGUUCGGCAACAAUUAAAAGUUCCUCGGCUCAUCCGACCAUUGCAAAACUAGCACUCACUUGGUCACAUUUCGGAUUUGCACUACCACCCUUCGUUGAUUACUUCGUGGAUCACCAGUUGCAUCAGUUUCGCCAAGAAGGGAAGUUCAAGCAGGUCCGGUUCUGGGGCAUCAUCCAUACACUCGAUUCAAAUUAUUAUGUAAUAGAACUCGAAAGGGACAAUAUCGAGGCGGUCCAGUUGGAGUACGAAAUGGCGAAGGAGCAGUCUCAUAUUGCAAAGGAUGUUAUUGACGACUUGAUUCGGGCUGUUGUAUCCGAGGACUCGAUUGUAACUGAUUGGUGCGGAGCCGAGUCGAUGGUGGCCGAUAUUCUUGAGGAGAUUUUGGAAUAUGCCAUUCCCGCUGACACGGAUAUAGAUCUUGCCAUGUCUGUUACCAUUCCAGUGUUAGAAAAUGUCAUUGAGGAAGCGAUAGAUGUCGCGCAAGAGCCGGAGGUAGAGCUCAGUGUGAUGGGUAGUUUGGAUGUGGUUUCUUGCAAUGCAACGGUAGAAUCAUCUGAUUUAAGUUUGAAUCAAGUGAAAUUUGCUUCGUUCAAAAAACUUGUGGAGGUGAAAUUGAACGUUUUUCGAUACUUGGUCAGUUUAGAUCCGUUAGGAGGGGACUGGGUGGAUCUACCAGAAACAGAUUUGGAAAAGAUAAUUGCGUCGUCCGAUGUGACAAGCUACUUCAGAGGAAAAUUGGAUAGUCCCGUAGUUGAGGGGAAGAAAAAAAUUGUCAGCGAAAAAGAUUAUUUGAGAGCCGUGUUAGCGAGAAUUUCGAUGGACCAAUUCGCUCGUCCAAAAAAUGCUGAAGACCGUGAAUCAGAAAUACCAUCACUAAUUUCCGAAAAAGAUGUUAAAGUAUACUACAAGGCCACGGGUUUUCCUUGUGAUUGGAGUGAGAAAAAGUUGAAUAGGAGGCAUCCAACCUCGCAAUUUAUCUUCAAAAAAUCUAACAUUUGGCCAGGAUCGUUUACCUUUGAUGCAGAGCACAUUUAUUUUGGCUGGGGAGUGCAAAAUGUUCAAAGAUGCAGACACCGCCUGUUGACAUCAUGUAAGUGCUGAAGGCCCUUUUUCUAACUUGUUUAUAUCUAAAUUCAAAUGAAAUAUAUUUGCCA